AUGAGGCGCCUAGAGAAUAUCCUCCGUAGCAUACCCACCGAAACAGAUCCCACGGCGGCUUAUGCCACCCUAAAAGCCCAGCUCGGAAUUUUCCGGUCUAAGGACCCCGCUUCGACUCCCGUACCCCAAAAUCCUCCAUCUUCUCCCCCCAAAACACAAUCUCUCCCUCACGCUCCUAAACCUACUCCCAUUUUCCUUCUGGUACAAUACAGCGGAGACGACACCGACGAAGAAGAGAGAGGAGCGCAGCCUGUUGCCGCUCCGGUCGAGGGAGUGGAGUCCGUACUUCCACCAGCAGCAGAGGGCACACCUGCCCAAAACAUCCCAUCACCAGCGAGUGGUGGGGGUUCUACUUCUGCCCACGGGCCACAGCCGAUAGAGGUUGUGGACAUUGACGAUGAUGAUAUGGAAGAUUUUCCGCCGCCUCCCAGCGACAUUCUACUGCAUCAGAUGGAGGCUGACUGGAUUUUUCUCCAAGCUAUGGAGGAUGAACCGGAGAGGGAGGAGCAGCCGCUGAGCCGCAUGAUGACAAUGGACCACUUUCUGGGGGAGACAGAGGCCUUGAGAGCCAACCAGUUGAGAAGGGAAGAGGAGACGAUGGAGCAGAGACCCCGCGUAGUGCGGCGACUGGUGGAUGAGGAGGAGCCAAUGAACCAAGGGGCUGGUGAGGCAGUUGAUGAUAGUGAGGCUGUUGAGGACAGCCGUGUGAGAGCUGAGAGAGAAAGAAAGAGGAAGGGGAAGGAGAUAGCUCACCCUCCUCCUAAGAGGAUACGCCCUGCCGAUGUGGGGAUUGUGAUCACUGACGCCUACCAACUGGCCUCCCCACAAGAAGGAGACGAGGGCAGUGACACAGAGGGCCGAGAGUUGCGCUGGACUCGGACGUCCAGGAGGCAACAAGGAAGUCCUGCAACACCCCCUGCUGCCGACUACUCCAUACCGACUGUGGCCUUGACCCCGGACCUCCUCCAGCAAAUGCUAGAGUUUGACAACCCCAAAUGGCAGGAGGAGGUUAACCAGCGGGUGACCAACCAGAAGAGGCUGAAGGCCGGGAAGAAACUCCACCAACCAUCCCUGGAGACGAUCCGGGAUGAGGAGAAGUUUGCCGAGUACAUUACCGGCAUUGGAUUUGAGUGGUUGUUGGAGGUUGAUGAGACUCCCGUGCCGGAGGUUUUGGCCAAGGAGUUCUUCACGUCUUUCCGGUUUACCGGCAGUACAGACUUGGAGACCAGGAGCGUCUCUUUCCGGGUGUUUGGCCGCGGCCAAAAGAUGAGCUUAAACGAGUUCUCCAUUAGGAUGGGACUCUAUACAGAUGCCCAGGUAGCCAACGGGGAGUGGUUCGGGCGUGAUAUCGGCCUCCCACAGAGGAAGCCAGACUUCGAUCAGCAGGCCGUCUAG